ACCAUCGAAUCGACAAAAAUAAAGAACUUUUGGAAUUUCUAAAAACUUAAAAAAAAACAACAGCCGGUGCAUGUGUGAGGAUCUGGGGAAAUCAGAGACCCACUGCCACAUCGAAUGGCGUCAGAGGAUCGGGAUGGGGAUAAUGUUCUCCAGCUGCAACCCGAGGCAACCGGGAAAACUGACCAACAGCUGCUGCCCGAAGAAAUCGAGCGGUGCACUGGUCUGAAUUAUAACGAUUUUUACUGGCGGUACAUGCACAAGAACUUCCCGGUUAUCAUAACCGACGUCUCCAACGAUUGGGAGUGCCAAAAUUGGACCGUGGUCCAGGAUUCCACGGAUCUCAACUCCAAUCCCGGUCCACCUUCCAUUAACUUCGACUACCUCAAAUCCAGGAUAACCAAUUGCACGGUUCCAGUCGCCGAUUGCAAUUCAUCGUAUUUUAAUAGUCACACAAAACUCGAGCUGAACUUCCACGAUUACCUGGAGAAAUGGCGGAGUGGCAUCGAAAACCAAUCAUCAUCAGCAUCAACGCAGGAAGUCAAUAGUAACGUGAAUCCCACGACCAGGGAUAAUCUCUACCUCAAGGACUGGCAUCUGGCUGCCCAAAUGCCGGGCUAUAACUUUUACAAGGUGCCUAAAUACUUUGCCUCCGAUUGGCUCAACGAACAACUGAUUGAUGAGAAGAAGGACGAUUAUAGAUUUGUGUACAUGGGACCCAAGGACUCGUGGACCUCCUACCAUUCGGAUGUGUUUGGCUCAUUCAGCUGGUCCACCAAUAUAGUUGGCCUUAAGAAAUGGUUAAUUAUGCCUCCGGGAGAGGAACUAAAACUGAACGAUCGUCUGGGAAAUCCGCCCUUCAGCAUAGACGAGAAAAUGCUCGACGAACACAAUGUGCGAUACUACACCAUCAAUCAGCGGGCCAACGAAGCUGUUUUUGUGCCCAGUGGCUGGUUCCAUCAGGUGUGGAAUCUGACGGACACCAUUUCCAUCAAUCACAACUGGUUCAAUGCCUGUAAUAUAUCGAUGGUCUGGCAAAACCUGAAGAAUAACUUGAAGGCCGUUUGCAAGGAGAUCUCCGACUGCCAGCAGAUGGAUAAUUUUGAGGCGCACUGCCAGACAAUGCUGAGGGCCAGCUUUGGCAUCAACUACCUCGAUUUUAUAGAACUCCUCGAGUUCAUUGCCGCUCGCCGAUUGGCCGAGGAUACCGCAGCCACCAAAUUUUUACUAUUCAAUAGGUAUAAAAUGAACGAUUAUCAUGUGCAAUACGAUCUCGAGUGCUUGAGGAAGAUAACGAGAACACUGACCGAGGAUUCGACCAUCCAGCGAAGUCCCCUUGAAUUAGGAAGUCGCUGCCAGCAAUUGCUCGCCCGUUUAGAGUUUUAGUCGUAGUACACGAAAAAGGCCUUGGCAUAUUUUUAUACCAAACUUGUAUUCAUAUACAACCGAUAGUCGUAAUAUUUUAAUAUAAACAUUUAAACACCAA